AUGAGUCCAGAGAAGAGGAAGGAAGAGGCGCCAGAGGGGCCUCACAAGUCUGUGCUACAGAAGCACAUGCAGAUGUUCGCACACCCGAGCUCCAGUGUGAUUUUCUGUGCCGUGGCACCAGCUCUGGCACGGCAGGGCUUUGCAGUGGCUGCCAGCCGAUACCUCCAGCGCUGCAUGGACAUGGGCCAGACCCCGGAGGCUGAGAUUUUCCGAAGAGUUCUUCUCGAGCUUGAGCAAGGUGGAGCCACAGAUGACGCGGAUGAUUUCGUAUUGUUGCAUGAGCAAAUGCGACUUGCUGGCCACCUUCCAGAUCUCGACUGUUGCAAAGCUGUUCUGCGCAGACUAGGUGGGGCGAACAACAGCCUGGAUGCUGCGGUGAGGUGGGUUGAGCACGAGAUGCCGUCAUGUGGUGUAGAACCCGACGACGAAGCCUUCGAAAUCCUUUUCAAUGCCUGUCGCCGAGAAGGCCGUCCUCAGCGAGCAAGAGGUUGGCUCGAACGAAUGAGGAGCCCACCGUCGCAGCGUCUGCUCCUGAAGCUGCAGGAGGAGCUUCAGUCGGAGGAGGUGGAUGCUUUGGAGCUCUGGCUUUCAGAGCCAGUGCUAGAAGAGCUCCAAAGGUGUCGGCCUUUGGCCCGGCGCCUCCUCUCCAGGCUGUCUGCGACAUCCCCGCAGCAAGCCGAGGAGUGGCUCGGCAGGCUGCUGUCUGCCGGCCUUGAACCCGACCGGAUGUGCUACUCCUGCAUUGCGGAAGCUUGGCUAGAAACCGGCGACCUGGGCCGAUCCGCUGCCAUGGUGGAUCGCAUGGUGGCAGCAGGCUUCCUGCCAUCGCGGGAAAUGACGGCCGCUGUGUUGCUGGCCGGCUACGACGACGAAAAGCAAGAUGCCAGUGAAUCGAAAGCCGAUGCCCGUGUCGCAGACCUGGCACAGACCGGUAGGAUCCACGAGGCCGCGCAAAUCCUUCUCGAAGAGCUCGCGGCCAGCCGGGCGGUGGAGGCCUCCUCCUUCGAGAAGCUCAUCGCGGCCUGCGGUGCCAAGGGUUACCCAGAGGAGGCCACAGAGUGGUUUCACAGAAUGGCUGCGUGCGGCUUGAAGCAAGGCCGGAUGCAGAGUCUAACAGUAUGUAGUAGGCAUCUGAAGAGCAUCCCAGCAAGAAGCAGAAGGCUUGCGAGAAUAUGUAUCAACAAGAAUUCUAGCUUAUUGCAUGAAUAG